CAAACUCCCGUUUGGGAAGAAAGAGGAUACAUUUUCUUGCUGUUAAACAUUAUAAAAACCCUAGUGAAGAAAAUAGUUCAAGACAAAAAAUUGAAGAUAACAUAAUUUAAAGCACAGGUCGACAAUAAGUUGCAAAACUUCAAACUCUGUACAUGAGUAACUCUGAAACUCCGCCUCUGCUCAGGGUCAUAAGAGAGUCAGUUGUUCGUUUUUCACUGGAUUCAGCAGGAUAACGUACCUAACUUAGUCUGAAAAUGAUUACUCUCGUCUUUGUGAGUGCGCUGCUAGCGCUGACUGCUGGAAAUCCGUGUGCAUCAGAUCACGAGGCUCUUCUCCUGUCCCUCAAUAAACAGCUGCUGCGCUCCGUGGACACAAAAGAUACCCUACCCAAUCCCAGUGUGCACAUCGCCCUCCGGCUUUCAACAAACCAUAAUCUAGCUAAAGAGAGUGAAUACCUCAACCGACUCAAGGCAGAGUUUCAUGAUGAUAUUGAGAAAUCUCUCAGAAAUAAUGAGUUGGUGGUUGGCCGUCUUGCCCUGUACAUCUUGGCUUUGAAGUCUUCCUGUCAUGAUCUGGAGAGUGUACAUGUGACUCAUAAUGAAAUCAAGGAGUCUCUCCUCAUUCACCUAAAGAAAGAGAUGGACGAAGAAAAACAAAACAUUGCAUUCGGUCACCGUCCAAAGACCAACUACUAUCAGUACUCUCUGGGCAUUCUGGCUCUGUGUGUGAGCAGUGUUAGAGUCAGCACACAUGUCAGCCAAAAGCUCAUCCAUGCUGUGGAACACAGACAGAUUAAACACGGAGAGUCAUUAUGUGUGGACUCACAUGCGAUGGCAGGCAUGGCACUGCAGUGUCUAAAAGACGAGGGAACUGCUGUUAAAAAUACAGCAGAGCUAAACAGAGCACUUGGCACCAUUAAGCAGAGGCUUCUUGACUCUAAGAGAGCUGAUGGUCACAUGGGCAAUGAGUUCAGCACGGGACUGGCAGUGCAGGCUUUGAUGGCUAUGGGCAGUCAGAUGGAGGAAUGUGGCUCUGCUAUGGAGGCUUUAAGGGCAGAUGUUAAGGAAGGAACAUACCAUAACCCUAUGGCAGUCUCCCAGGUCCUGCCAGCUCUACACCAACGCACUUAUCUUCAAUUGAAGAGCCAAGAAUGCCGCAAUGAGAAUAACACUCUGACUAUUGAUGCAGAUUCCGCUUCUGAAGUCCUCCCAAGUCACGGGCAAGUGUCUCUACAGGUGGAGGUUAUUAAAUCAAACGGGGCAUCAUCUGUGUUUUCCAUUCAUAUUCCCACGGGUUCCUCCCUAUUUGAAGCCCUCAACCUUCUCCAAGACAAACAAACUGGUUUCACCUUUAGCACAGAGGACAGCUUGUGGGGGCCCUUCCUCAGUGUGGUCAAUGAAGAACAAGCACGUCAGACUGAUCGGAGAUACUGGCAUGUCUCCUCAGAUGGCAAAUCUCUGACACAGGGUAUCAAAGACUAUAAGAUUGAUUCAACUCAAAACAUCACCAUUAAGAACACUGGGUACUGAUUCCUCAGCUGGAUGCAAGAGAAGAGAUGAAUGGAAUGAAACCUUUAUACGUUUAAGAAUUCUACUGAUAUAAUUUAGUUAGAUUUUUUUUUGUCAUAAACAACUUAUAAUUUGAUUGUUGCCUUAGUUUGCCUGAAUGUUCAAAGUUUCAUGAAAACAGGAAUCAGAACAUGGCAAUAAUGUUGGUAUUUUACUUUUAAUGCAUUUAAUGCAUAUAUACCUUUUGAAAUUUAACAUAUACUUUUUUGUGUGUGAGAGACUGCAGCUGCUAUGAAUCUAGAUGAACAAAUAUAAAAUAAAUAGAUUACAAAUA